UAUUGAAAAUUUAAGGUGUUUACAACAAAUUACCUCUUUGCCCGUUAUAAUGUGAAAGGAAGCUUUCAAAAUCUGAAAGCUCCAAAAGAGAAUUGCACGGGUCGGGUCGGUGACCUGUACUGGAUGGCACCAAACCAGCGAAACUUCGCAGAAAUCUCAUCACCGUUCCCGAUGUCGCGUUCUUCACGUCCAGACGCGCCCCAUCCACGACGUUCUAACAACUAUUAAACACCAAGUUCAUUUAGGCAUUCUAACAGACACCUUCCGUGCACCUUUCUUAUCAAGCUGAGCAAGACGAUGGCGGCCGAGAAAAACAAAGCGGUGGAGACUGAGGAAUAUGAAGACCUGCUCCCAAAGAUGGCGGAGAAACUCGGAACCGAAGAAUUCGUCUCCGAGCUUUGCGGAGGGUUUCGGCUACUUGCGGAUGUCAGGAGAGGGGCGAUCACGGCUGAGAGCUUGAGGACGAACGCGGCAUUUUUGGGGAUGGAAGGGAUGACGGCUGAAGAAGCAGAGGCGAUGGUGAGGGAAGGGGAUCUCAAUGGCGAUGGCGUGCUCAAUGAGGCGGAGUUCUGUAUUCUUAUGGUUCGUCUGAGUCCUGGGAUGAUGGCGGAUGCAGAGAUGUGGCUUGAGAAAGCGAUCGAGCGGGAGAUCGAGCUUCGUGAUCGACAUGGUAGAGCUUGAUCCAGUGUUUCGAGAUUAUCGUUUGGAUUUGACGACGAAGACUAUGUUCUUCUCAUGGAUUGAAAUCUGCUUUUUCUGUAACUGUAUUCUAAUGAAUGGUCAGUUAUAUAUAUCCCUUACAUCUAA